ACGUUUCCCUCCUGUGUUUGGAAGGGAUCAGUGAUCCGGGAGGGCGAGCGUUCAAGCCCGCAGCCACUGCCAUUAAUAAUAACAACAAUAAUAAAAACAAAUAAAUUAACAUUAAAGGACCGCCUUUUCCAGUCACCGAUCUACCCCCGGCCUGCCUCUCAGGACUCGGCUCCGGAGGAGGAAAAACUGCGAGGGAACCAACGUAGUACUGUUAUCUCUGAAGAACGGGCCUUCACACCAGCUUGAAUAGAAAGCAACCUGCAAGCAGGCAUCUUUCCAAGUGGAUUCCUAAGGGAUGCCAGCCAGCCAGCGCUAAUUGAAGGUUGCUAUGGUUUUUUCCUCUCCGUCUGAACAGGUGAUGAAAGAAUCUUCCUCUCUUUCUUGGAAUCACUGGAGGAUGGGAUGGUAACGUGGGCCUGUGAAUUGUCCCGUCAAACAUGCUUCUGAGACUUUGGACACCGUCAUCUUUGUGAGGGCAUUUCCCUGGACUGCCUCCUGUGGUAGAUUCACCCUGGGUGGAAACUUUCCAGGCAUAUUCAGCUUUGUCACGCUUUGGCAUUUCCGAUGUCCCUCCAUUUUGUUGUGGAUUACCGGCCAGGGGUGCUGCGUGAUGGCGACGUAACUUCUUGACGACAAGACUGGAAGGUGGAUUGUGUACCUCACCUUUUCUUCCUCCUGGCCUGGGGGAUUUGUACAGUUAGUCAAUUUUCUUUCCUUUUUUCUACCUCAAAAGCUGGUUUGAGUUAAGUCUAAACAUUUUCCAAAAACACUUAUCAAAAAUGACAAGUCUGUUCCGACGGAGCAGCAGCAAUGGCAGCUCGAGGAACAGUUCCUCUGCCCAGGAACUCAACAACAGCCGCCCUGCCAGGCAAGUCCGGCGGCUGGAGUUUAACCAGGCGAUGGAGGAUUUCAAGACAAUGUUCCCCAACAUGGAUUACGACAUCAUUGAAUGUGUUUUGAGAGCAAACAACGGCGCAGUGGAUGCCACCAUUGACCAGUUGUUGCAGAUGAACUUAGACGGCAGUGGGUAUGAUGACAGCUCGGAUUCAGAUGACAGUAUUCCUCCUGAGGUCUUGGAACGGACUCUAGAACCAGACAGUUCAGAUGAAGAGCCACCUCCAGUUUACUCUCCCCCCUCCUACGAUAUGCACGUGUUUGACAGACAGUAUCCUCAGGCUCCCCCGACACCCCCCCCCAGGAACGAUAUUCAGAAUUCUAGCGGCUCACAGGCACAAAGACGGUACAGGAAUUGGAAUCCACCAUUGCUGGGCAACCUUCCCGAUGACUUCCUUCGCAUCUUACCCCAGCAAAUGGAAAAGGUGCAGAGUUCGCAAAGCUGCCCUCAAAAAACACCAAGCCCGGGAAACCAGAGGGCCCAAGGGGUGUUGGACCAGGAGAGGAAGUGGAAGCAGUAUUUGGAGGAUGAGCGGAUUGCGCUUUUCCUGCAGAACGAGGAGUUCAUGAAGGAGCUACAGAGGAACCGGGAUUUCCUCCUUGCCCUUGAAAGAGAUCGAUUGAAGUACGAGUCAAAGAAAUCUAAGAUGAACAGCGUUGCCCUCGCUAAUGAUGUCACUUUCACCUCUGUAAUAUCAGAUGAUGUAGCUCGCUCCUUAACUGGCGUGGCCAGUGGUGCUGUCUCCGAAGAUGCCUUAUUCAGGGACAAAUUAAAACACAUGGGAAAAUCUACACGCAAGAAACUCUUUGAACUUGCCAAGGCUUUCUCAGAGAAGACCAAAAUGAGGAAGUCGAAAAGAAAACAGCUGUUGAAGCAUCAGGUAAUGGGAACAGCAGCUUCGACAGCUAAUCUUCUUGACGACGUUGAAGGACAUUCAUGCGAUGAAGACAGCCAAGCAAGAAGACGACAAUUGCACGCGGAAGAGGAAGCAUCGAAAGAAGCACAAUCCUGAGCUGGCAAUUUCCCCCCCCCAAAAAAGACAAAUAAGGGUCAGAAUUUGAAGAUGGCUGAGAAGAAGAAUGGGUACGUGCUUCGGCCCUGCCCUGAAGUGGUUGGAAUGCUCCCUAAAGUCUAAGCAUUUCAUAAUGCCAGGCACGUGGUCUUUUCUUAUCAGGGGGUUUGAAAACAAUUACAGGUGUGUGUGUAGGGGUUCCAUCUCCAAUCUGAAGAAUCCAGCCCAAAAAGAGGAAAGAAAGAGCGAUAAAAAUUUAAGUGCUGGCCUGAAUUUUUGUUUUCUACGUCAAAAUAUUUUCAGCGGGAGAAUGAAUUUCCAGAUUUUUAAGGAUGGGUCGUGGACCUUUCUCUUUCUUUCUUACACCUUGCUGUUCAGAUGGAUGAAUGGAAGGGAGGGGAGUGACAUUGCCUUUCAAAAGUGGUUUCCGGCAUAGUGCUGUUAUCUCUUUAACUAAUGGAUGACCUUUCUCCAGGUACAGGAUGGCCUCAAAAGUUCUGUUGUAAUGUUGAUUAUUAUCAUUAUAUAAUUCUUGCUGCUAAUAGAAAAUAAGCUCAAAUCAAAAUAUCUGAUUGUCCAUAGUCAGGAUAUUAUGAACUUCUCAUCCAGAAUACAAGAGUUUCUGCCAAUUUCUACUGCAACCAGAAACGCCUCAUGAUGGAUUAAUCCCCUGCGACGGCCUUCGAUUAUUAUUUUUGUUUUUAAGUGGACUCUAAAUCAGUGCCCUCCCAACUAGAAACUGCUUUCUCUUUAUUGCUCCAGUGUGGUCCCUGUUCCAACUAUGUGUUCCUUGUAUUGCUGAAAAAUGGAAAAUAGGAAUAUUGGUGUAACGGAUUAUAUUCUAUCCCUUGGUGUGUCUGUGAAUAAGGUCCCCUUUAUGUGAUUGGUGCGAGAACCCUGCCCCGUGGCCUUGUCACUUGUCGCUGAGGUAAUGUUUGAAAGCUUGGACCCUGGUGAUAAUUGAGCAGGAAGGAAGCCUGCAACUGGUCCUGCCCGCAUUGGGCCGGGCUUUCAAAUAUUACCUCAGUAUUGUAUGAUAAAACCAUGAGCGAAGGGACCCUUCACCGUAGGGUCCUGCAGGGACAAAAGGGGGCUGCCUUUGGAUCCUCUGAUAUAGUGGUGUCCAUUGGGGCUGGCGGGGCGGAUGUCAGGGAGCCCAACAGUAGGUGGCGCCAGAGCCAAUGGCAGGAACAGCCAACUAGUUCUGGAUUUGUCCCCCCUCCCCCUCCCUGCUGAUGUACAAAGGCAACCCUGAGUCAGAGAAGGAGGAAGAUGACAGGCAGUACCACCCUGUGGAUUGGAUGUAAGUAGGAAGGCAGGCUGGUGGGGGCUCCCUGAGGGCAGGCUGAAGUUGCCCUAAUGGACCAGUUCCAUGGUCUGACUCUGCAUCUGGCCUGUGCCAUUCAAAAGUGACAUUGACAAUACAGAUCUUUAAGACCUGGCUCUUUAAAAAAAAAAGUGGCUCUCAAAAGUGUUAUCAGGAGCAGAGCUCCUUUGGGGAGUCCGUUGCUUUUAAUCACACAUGGCGAGAGCUCAACAAGGCUUUAGCAAGCGGCGGGGAGUUGGGAAGAAACCAAAAAACCCUGAAUGAAGGUUUGUCUCUUCGCCAGGUCGGCCAAAGUGACGUCAGUGUGCCUGUGACAAAAACUUCAGCCUCUUGGACUCAGCAGGGCUGUUUUGUACGAGAUCCAAGUUUCCAGGCCAUUUUGGAGAAUUACAUGUGUGUGUUGGAGGGGACGAUACCGCUUAAAAGAAAAACAAACCCAAACACGAGAGGCCGCCAGACAGUAACUCCUCCCUUUUUUGGAGGGGUCAAUAAGGGGGAGGCAGAGACACACAGAUCCUCCGGAUAGGACCCACCAGCCACCCCUCCCUCACCCACCGCCCUGGUUGAGAGUGAGUGUCUACUAGUUGCCAAGGAGAAAGCUGGAGGGUGGCCAUUGGAAAUAAACAGCCAGAGAAGUAGAAAAGCCUUCAAACCUCCUCCCCCUCUCUUAGUUCCUAGCUGAAUAACCAACUGGCUGUUCCUCCUGUCCCAUGUAUAGCUGUUCUCUCUCUCUCUUUCUCUGAAUGCUUGGAAGGGACUCAAGUUCUGGAAUAGGUUCUGCUGCUUUGAACAUUCCAGUGUUUCGUGGCCGCUUGGCUGCCUUAACUUUUUAAACUUUCCAUGAUUCUUUUCCCCAAGAGGUGCAAAGAGAAGCCCAGGAUUAAACCCCGCUGCCUUAGGCCUGCAGAGCGAUAGCACGGCAGCAGAGGCUGCCCCUUUAGGGCGGAUGGAGCAGUGCCCCACCAACCUCAGUCUGCCCUUAGCCAGCCCCCACCUGCCUGCUGUAACGAAGAAUUGGACUAAGAGGUGGCAAAGUCCUGUCAGCCUCCUCCUUCAUGUCGGCGUCAUCCCUGCUAGAACUUACCAGAGAGGAGGACACAGACAAAACUGGAAUUAACUGGCUCUGCCCGUGAUUGGCUCUGGCUGCACCUGCUGUUUGGGUGCCCUGUCUUCCGCCCUACCAGUCCCCAUGGGCACUAGCUGCAAUAGCAGCGUGGUUAUGGAAAGGCGCUUAGUAGAGAAGGGGCAGCUUUGUGGGAAUUGUGAAGGGGAUGAGGGCCUGCCAAGGGCAACUGUCCUUCCUCAGGAUGCAAUGCGUGCUGUAUCUUUACUCCUCUAGCAUUCAGUGCUUCAGAAACGGAUGCGGGCAGCCCACCCUGAGAAAUGAGGAAAUAGGCCCUCCUGCUUUGAGGGAAAUGACUAAGGGAGAGGAAAACAAAAUAAGUUGUAGCCGCAGUUGGUGGUGUAGGGUUGCUGCAGUUUCCCCCCCAUCAGACUUUCUGUGCCUUUAACAUUCUAGCUGGCAACUCCUUGGGGAGGGCCGUAGCUCAGUGGCAGAGCUUCUGCUUUGCAUGCAGAAGGUCCCAAGUUCAAGCCCGGCAUCUCCAGGUAGGGCUGGGAAAGAAAGACUCCCUGCCUGACACCCGAAAGAGCCGCUGCCAGUCAGUGUUGACAACUCUGAGCUAGAUGGACCAAUGGUCCGACUUGGUGUAAAGCAGGUUCCUGUGAUCCUAGUUUUGCAGGAUGGCUAUUUGCAAGUGGAAUGGAGGGGUAGGGUGGGCCAGGGUCCCAUAUACUGCGACCCCAAAAUGGGCUGACGCAAAGUCUCAUGGCCGUAACUCCCUACAGAUGCCCUUUUUGACUCUGGGUUGGCUAUUAGAGGCAGGUGAUGCGUCUCAGGCAGGAGCGGGGAUCCGGCCUGUGGGCUUCUGGUUGCUGAUCCUCACUAACCUCUUCCAGCCUGUUCCUCCAGCUCUUGCUUCAUUGCCAGCUUUGCGGCUCCAUCCGGCCUUCCUCAGCUCCACCCGCAGUCCCUUGAGGAGCCACGUUUUGAGCUGUUCCUUCUGCCACUGUCACUUCCUUGGCUUUUCAUCCUCCCUUGUUUUGCUUUAUUUUUUACCUUUCAAAACGAGUGAGGGACCUCAGGCCUGGGGGCUGCAUGCAGCCCUUAAAUCCUCUCGGUCUGGCCCUUUGGGACUGUCCCUGGGCCACCCCCCUCCCUAGCCUUGCUUUCCACCCUCUUUGACUUGUAUUUUCCUGGCUGGAAUGUGUCCUCGAACUCUGGCGAUGCGUCUUGCUUGCCCUGGGCGGAGGAGAGGGGGGUGUAAAUGUGUGUAGGAACUCCCUCCCAUUCGAUCUUCGCCAUGCCCCUUCCCUGGAUACAUUCCGCCGGGCCUUAAAAACUUGGCUCUUUGGACAGGCCUUUAGGAUUUCCGGGGAGGGCUAACUUUUUUGGGAUACUUAUUAUCUAUUGAUUGCCCUAACUGAUCUCAUGCUGCUGUGAUUAAUGACUUCAUUGUAUUUUAUCUACAUUGUAUUGUAUUUUACUGAAUUUUAGUUUGUACGUCGCCUAGAGUGGCUUCGGCCAGAUAGGCGACACAAAAAUUAAAUUUUAUUAUUAUUAUUAUUAUUAUUACUGUACAAAGGCAACAUUUGCGCUCAUGGCUUCACCCGCUAUUUGCAUGCAAGCCCAGGAAAGUUGCCCAGGAGGGAAUGCGGCCCUCAGAUUAAAAGCAAGCCUCACCCCUGUUUUAAAGUAAAUGCCGGAUGCCCCUUGCUGUGAUUAAUUGGUCAUUUCAGCAAACAAAUGGGAAUCUGGGUACAUUUGUUCAGCUUGCAUGAGUCCCUGAAAACCGAAGGAAUCCACACAGAUGUUUAGAGGCUGGAAAAGGAAUUACUCAGAGACCCCUCCUGGCUGUUUCAGUACUGCAGCCUUCAAGGGUACAUCCACAGUAUUUGGGUUGUAGUUCCGUGUAGCACUCCGUGAACGUUCUGUCAGCGCAAGGAUUUUUGCUUGUGCAAUUGAACGUUCUGCCCCUAACUCUGUUCUAGGGGUUCCCCCAACUCUCCAGAGCCAAUUUGGGGAGGGUGCAGGUCAUGUGCGGGGUGGGAGGGGAUCCUACUGUACAAACAAAUCCUUCUGCUGAUGGGGUGCAUUAGUUGAAUACCGCUUUGUCUCUUAUCUCCUCGCCAACUGACCUGUUUGUUGAGACUUCAUCCUGAUUUGCUUUCAUAAAUAUAUAGUUAUAGGAUGGGGGGGGGGAAGGCUGGUCUGAGUGAUGUCUUUGGCUCCCCUCCAGGCCUGUAAUUCUGUAACUGUAAGGUUGGGAUCUGUAAUGGAAAGAACCUUUAAUCCCAUUAAUCGUUCGUUCACCCCACACUUUUCAGUGCAUUUCCCCAUCAGUGUCCUAACUGCAAAAAGUCUCUUUCGUUUUUUAAAGUGGAUUUUCUGCGCCUGGAUAACGGAGCGCUUUAAUCCAACCUUGAUUGCACGAACCCACGUCUCUGGUCAAAGCUUGGAUCCGAUCCUCCUGCAAAUUCUUGACAGUCUGGAGGCAAAUCCGAGGCCUGCAUACUUCUGUAAGUGAGAGGAAGAAGGUGGGCAGUGGACCGGUCCGCGGGUGGAGUGGGGGCAGGGGUAAGCAUAGCCAAAUCCUCCUUUGCAGCUAGCAGAGAGGUCCCCUUAAGUGGUUUCCCAGAUUGGUGUGGCGACGGCGGUAAGGGAGUUGUGCCAAGCUUCCCAUCUGGUUGGCCACUGUUGAGAGCAGGAGGUUGGACUAGAUGGGCCAUUGGCCUGAUCCAGCAGGACUCUUGACUUUCUCAUAUUUCCUAGGAGUUCCUUAGAAGGAGAGGAGCUGUUGUUACCGAGAGAAGCUCCCGUACAGAUAAAAGCACAUUUCUUUUUCAAUGUCCAACAGAACUGAUUUGAACCUGGAUCUCUUGGUUCUUCAGGUAGCAACAUCACUGGCCUUUAAGCCUUGCUGAAGCUGCUUCAUCCUGCUAGGAAUCUCGCCGAUGUGAGAGACAGAAUUCCUUGCUGUCCCUUUUAUAACAGCCUGCCCGCAAGGCCAGGUAGAUGAAAAGUCAUUGCUAAGUUUGGAAAGUGUUUGUGGACAGGCCCCAAAACAGAUGUUUUGUAUUCAUGCAGCUGGGCCGAUCCCAUUCAGACAUAUGGACCAACUUGAGCCCCCAGGGCAUAUCCCAGAAGAACAGGGGAGAAGGUAUCAUUUUUUCAAAUCUAGUGUAAAUGCAUUUCAGGGGCCUCCAUGCAGAGUUCCAAAACUAAGCUCUUUCUCCUACAAAACGAUAUACAAUCUCCAAUAAUGUUUGUAUUGCUUUCUCUAAAAAAGAACAAGUUUUUUUUAACAAAAGAAACAAACCAACAACAACAAAAAAAGAGACUUCUGUGACGUUUGAGUGUGUUUCUAUUUUAGAAUUUAUUUCCUUACAUGUUUUUUUCUUAAAGA